AUGUCCAGCUCCAAGCUGAAAGCAGUGCACUACGAGGGCCCAUUCAAGGUCUCGGUCAAGGACGUCGAACUGCCCCAGAUACAGCAUCCGGAUGAUGUGAUUGUCAAGGUGACGACGGCGGCGAUUUGCGGGUCGGAUUUGCAUAUGUAUCAGGGACGGACGGCUGCGGAAGCGGGUCUGGUGUUUGGUCAUGAGAACAUGGGGACGAUUAUCGAGGUUGGUGCCGGCGUGACGCUUUUGGAGAAGGGGGAUAGGAUUGUGUUGCCGUUUGUGAGUAUUCUAGUAAACCCAGGCUUCGCCGGCGGAGCUUACGGCUACGUAGCCAUGGGUCCGUAUCAGGGCGGCCAAGCGCAAUACCUCCGCGUCCCCUUCGCCGACUUCAACGCCCUCAAACUGCCCAAAGGGACCGAGCACGAAGCCGACUUCAUACUGCUAGCAGAUAUAUUUCCGACAGGCUGGCAUGGGCUGGUGCUCGCUGGCUUCCAGUCCGGCGAAAGCGUCGCGGUGUUUGGCGCUGGUCCUGUUGGUCUCAUGGCAGCUUAUAGUGGUAUCCUACGAGGCGCGAGCAAGGUCUUCGUAGUCGACACAGUGCCUGAGCGACUGCAAGCUGCGGAGAAGAUCGGAUGCAUCCCUAUCGACUUUAGGAAGAGCGACCCGGUUGAGCAGAUCAUCAAGCUCAAUGACGGUAUGGUGGAUCGCGCGGUCGACGCGGUCGGGUAUCAAGCCGUGGACGCGUCCGGUAGCAAGGAGAAGCCAAACGUUGUCUUGGACCAGUUGAUCAUGGUGACCCGGCCCACGGGAGGCUUGGGUAUUCCAGGAUUGUAUGUUCCGGCCGACCCUGGAGCCCCAGACGAGCAGAGCAAGAAGGGCCAAAUUCUGAUCUCGUUCGGCAAGCUCUUCGAAAAGGGCUUGCAUCUUGGCACCGGGCAGUGUAAUGUGAAGGCCUACAACAGGUAUCUUCGCGACAUGAUUGUAUCGGGCAAGGCCAAGCCGAGCUUCGUCGUGUCUCACGAGAUUAAUAUCGACGACGCGCCGACGGCAUACGAGAAGUUUGACAAGAGAAUCGAGGGGUAUACGAAGGUGUUGAUCCAUCCGAACGGAGCUCUGAACUAG